AGAGAUGCUUGGCCUUGACAAUGAACCGCAAUGUUUGGCAAGCGGUCGGACUAGAGUGGUCCGAAGCGUUUUUCAAGGCUGACCGUGCAGACUGGCAACAAUUGGGAAGUAGGAUGUAAACACCUCGAGAAGAUAAAGAGGAGAUUGUUGCGCGGAGAAUCUUCGUACUGCUGACGAAAAUGCUCUCUGGGGUUUGAGACACUCGCAAUCUGAUCAGGCAUCUUUGUGCGGCUAGGAAUGAGGAGUCCUUCAUCGCGGGAGUAGGACAGAAUUCGGUUCACAUCGAACGGUGGGUCGGUCAGAGUGUUGUGGAAUGGGGCGGAUGAGGAUAUAAUUCGAGUUGAGAAUUUGAUGACCAGCCAUUGCUUAGGGUUCAGAUGCCUUAGAAUUCCGAUUUGCUUCUGCUUUUGAGGCACAAUUGGGGGUCGGCCACGAUGAUUCGAUUGCUGAAGUUGAAGGUAGUGCUCCUUGCGAUAAUCUCAGCGGUGUGCAUCGGGAUCGUAAGAGCGUCAAAAUUUGAGGGAAUUCCCGAUGAAGCUCUUCCCACUAGUUCUGGAUAUCUCACCAUCGACGAGGCCAAAGGAACGAAGAUGUUCUAUGUUUAUUACGAAGCCCUAUCUCCUCCGGGGAAGUUGUCCGAGACUCCCAUAGUUUUGUGGUUGCAAGGUGGGCCUGGUUGCUCUGGGUUGCUCGGCAAUUUCUUUGAGCUUGGACCCUGGGUGAUUGGUGCAGAUCAGCAGUUUCACCCCAACCCUGGCUCGUGGAACAGAAUUUUCGGCCUCUUGUUUCUGGAUAAUCCGGUGGGCACAGGGUUCAGCAUUGCACCGACAGAGCAAGAUGUCCCACUGAACAUUGAGGAUGUCGGCGAAGACCUAUACACCGCCUUGACAGCUUUCUACACCGAGAAUCCGAGCUUCCAGACUCGGACAUUGUACGCCACGGGCGAGAGCUAUGCAGGUAAGUAUGUGCCAGCACUGGGGUAUUACUAUCUUCAGCAGCAGGAGAAGGAAACCCCGGUUUUUCAAUUGGGUGGUCUGGCCAUAGGCAAUGGUCUCACCCAUCCUGUGGCUCAGAUCCCCGCCUAUGCUCCCGCAGCUUACUACAUGGGAUUGAUAGACGAUCGUCAACGCAGCAAGGACGAAGAGCUUGCGAAGCUCGUCGUGAAGCACAUUGAAAAUGGCAGAUUCGAUUUAGCACACGACGCACGAUCUGUUCUCAUGAGGGCUCUGUACGAGCAGACCGGGUUUGCAACACUGCUGGACAUCAGGAGGGAGCUGGACUACUACACUUAUGCCAACGGAUCGAGUUGGCUCUCUCCCGUCGUGAAUCGAGAAUCUAUCAAGAAGGCACUCGGGGCAGAGGAAUCCAUAACUUGGGAGGAUUGUACCGAUUAUGUCGACUCAUCGUUCCGCAACCAGACAAUGCAAAGCACCAAGUUCAUGGUGGAGUAUGCGCUUACGAAGCUGCCCGUGUUGCUCUAUCAGGGUCAGUUCGACCUUCAAGAUGGAGUCGCAUCGAACGAGCAGUGGAUGAAGGAUAUCAAGUGGACCGGCAUAUCUGAAUUCUGGAACACCGAAAGGAUCGUGUGGCAGCUAGAAGGAGUGCUGGCCGGUCACGUUCGAACCUACGCCAAUCUCAGUCAUGUAGUGAUCGUCGGAGCUGGUCAUCUGGUUCCUGCGGAUCAAGGCCUUAGAUCACAGAAAAUGGUGGAGGCUUGGAUCGGAGGUAGCCUGGCGUCGUCGCCAUCUCUCUCUGCAUCCGCUACCCCUGUUAAAAAAAGCAAAACCAGCUGUUCUGUUGUUGAUUCGUUCUCCAUCCAAAGCGGCAAGAAUUUGGAUAUGCGUGUACUCGAGGAAACACCCACAUCGAUAUGAACCAGAAUCUAUUUGAAUCCGAGGGGUUCGCUAUCUGAGACAUAAAUUCCUUGCACGUCAUAUUGUGUAAGGAUUCUUCGGUGACCAUUGUGGGUUUCUCGACGAAUCUGCAAUAUAGCUCUAGUUCUGAUGAUUAUUCUUUGCUAUCUGAAACGUAAUGGCCUCCGAAAUAUUUCAGCAAAAGGCUUGUUUUUCAAUCCACAGAUCAUUCCAAAAGCCCCCAGGCUCUAGUUCUACUUUUCAAAAGUUUGGGACUUGCUGUGUUCCGCAUGACACGUAGAUCUAGGCUUUGUCAAGCCUUGAAUGAUUUUGGACCAAAGAUCCAUCGUUUUCGGUGACUUUGAACCUUCGCCAUUCGGUGCAAGUCUGUGGUAGGGACAGUGGAGCUGGGUCACAACAAUCAAAAGAAACGCAGUUUUUAGAGUAGUGAAGCUGGAAAGCUCUUGGGGAACGGGAGAUCAUGGAAGUGCGUCCGAUCCAAGUCUACAGCCUUGCCUUGAGCUUGAGCUUCACAAGAGGUAUGCGUACAAGGCACGGCUAAUCUAUGUUUCCAUAUGAUCGAGGUGAUGGAUUGGAUGAAAGAGAACGGUCAUACGAUCUCUGAUAACCGUGUCGACCAAUUAUUAUUACAAUAAUCAAGAGAAGCAACUAAUCUCUUCGCUCUUCAAGAGUACGUGGUGUCUGAAUAUGAGAUUUACAUUAUUAUUAGGCGGGGACUUCAGCACCAGUGGAAACAUGACCAGAGAAAGCUUAAAGAACGAAGAACUCACGCGAUGGUAAGUAAAGCCUUUGAUGACACUACUUUCGUACAGUUUUUGCUUGGAAAGGUAGACCUUAUCUGAGAGACGCGUGGGAAAUUGUGCCAGUCCCGAAUUAAUGUGUAUGGUAUCUUUCGUGCACUACAGCUGUACCCCGGACACACAGUAUUCGACUAACUAACAUGCAGAGAUUGCGUAUGAGGACCAAUACCCAUUUACCCCGUCCACACUGAUUGAUGAUAUAGUCCUGUUAACUGCAUGGAUCUGCAUCCUCGUCGGAAUCCCAGGGCUGUAGGGAGUGACUCAAAACAAAUGCAGACGAUUUGGAUCGGAUCCAGAGUUUGGGAUAAAUGACACGCAGCUAGUCGCGCCAGCUUCGGCGUCAUUCAACAAAUCAUUGUACUUCCAUCUAGGCUAGUUCUGUCCGGAGAUUGAAUCUCCAGGUUUCUAUCCGUCUUUUCAUUUUGUAUAGUGCUAAUAAAGUAAUGUAUUGCAAGUCU